GAUCGGUAGCCAAUGAAGACGCGGGUCGCUUUGAGUGCGGAGCAGAGAAGCCAAUGGGCGUGCGGCAUUGAGGGGGCGGGUCUUCCGGUAGUGAAGGCCUGGUGAACGGCUGCGCGAAAGAGGAUACUUCCUUUUGCGGGUGGCGGCGAGCGUGGAGAGGACGCUAUGAAGGCCUCGGGCACACUACGAGAGUACAAGGUAGUGGGUCGCUGCCUGCCCACCCCCAAAUGCCACACACCGCCCCUCUACCGCAUGCGAAUCUUUGCACCUAAUCAUGUCGUCGCCAAGUCCCGCUUCUGGUACUUCGUAUCUCAGUUAAAGAAAAUGAAGAAGUCUUCAGGGGAGAUUGUCUACUGUGGUCAGGUGUUUGAGAAGUCCCCCCUGCGGGUGAAGAACUUUGGGAUCUGGCUGCGCUAUGACUCCCGGAGCGGCACCCACAACAUGUACCGGGAAUACCGGGACCUGACCACCGCAGGCGCUGUCACCCAGUGCUACCGAGACAUGGGUGCCCGGCACCGCGCCCGGGCCCACUCCAUUCAAAUCAUGAAGGUGGAGGAGAUCGCAGCCAGCAAGUGCCGCCGGCCGGCUGUCAAGCAGUUCCACGACUCCAAGAUCAAGUUCCCGCUGCCCCACCGGGUCCUGCGCCGUCAGCACAAGCCACGCUUCACCACCAAGAGGCCCAACACCUUCUUCUAGGUGCAGGGCCCUCACCCGGGUGUGCCCCAAAUAAACUCAGGAACGCCCCGGUG